AGAUGCCAAUUGUUGUAAGGUAUGUUGACUCAAAGCAAGAAAUUAAUGAACGAUUUAUUAAAUUUGUUGAGUGUGAAGGAAUGACUGGCGAAGCGCUAGCGAAGAAUAUCGAAGAUACUUUAAACGAAGUUGGGCUACUACUUUCCAACUGUCGUGGUCAGUGCUAUGAUGGUGCCAGUGCAAUGUCAAGCAAAUCAAAGGGAGUUGCUGGUCGUAUUUUAAAGAAAAAUCCAAAAGCUUUGUAUAUCCAUUACGCUAGUCAUCGAUUGAACCUUGUUGUUGCUAAAGCAUGUGGUGAGCAAACUGUCAAAAACAUGUUGGGGCAUGCUCAAAAGAUCUUCAGUUUCUUCAGCCCAUCCCCCCCUACGAAUGCAGUGCUUGAGGCAGAAUAUGGAAAAGUCUGGGUUACGUCGUAAAAAACUAGGAGCUCCAUCCACAACGCGUUGGGUUGAACGGAUACGUACACUUGAUGGAUUUGUGGAAGCAUUUGUACCUGUUUGUCAAAGUUUAGAGUAAAUGAAGCUCAAUAUGAAUAAAGAUUUUGAUAAUUCAAGUAGGGACGCAGAGGGAUAUCUUCGUUCCAUAAAAUCUUUCGAAUUUAUUGUUAAUCUUGUGAUUACAUCAAAUGUUCUGCAUCACACAAUGUCGUUGACUGUCCAGCUGCAGCAAAGGAUAAUCGAUAUCGCUGAAUCAAUUAAACAUAUAAAUCUUUUGAAGUCACAAUUAAAAAUUUUACGCAGCUCGGCUGAUACAAUUCAUGACCAAUACUACGAAGAAGCAGUGGAUUUAGCAAACAGAGUAAACGUUGAUGAAAAAAUUCCUCGACUUUGCAAUGUUCAGACAACUCGUGAAAACUAUCCUGCACAUACAGCACGUGAAUACUACCGCAUGAAACUAACCAUCCCUCUUCUUGAUCACUUGAUUGAACAGAUGGAAUUUCGGUUUUCUUCAGAGGUGUGCGAUAUUUAUCGUGGAUUCUAUAUUAUACCUAGUAUUUUUCUCAAUUGCAAGGACGUUAAUUGGAAGGAAGAGUUUAUGAAGUUUGCUGUUGCAUAUAAAGAGGAUAUGCCACACUUUCGGAAAAUACAUGCUGAAUUAGGAUUGUGGGAAACAAAUUGGAAAGGGGGCUUUGAGAAAGUUAAGUACGAUUCAAUUGCCGACACGCUUCGAACUUGUAACAAACUUGCGUUUCCAAAUAUAUUUACAGCGCUUAAGAUACUCGCUGUUGUGCCAGUCACUACAUGUGAGUGUGAAAGAUCCGUUUCUGCCCUUCGUCGAAUGAAAACUUGGUUACGUAGCACAAUGAUCAACGAAAGGUUAAAUGGAUUAGCCCAAAUGCAUAUUAAUGAUGAUAUUAAGUGUGAUGUCGAAGAAGUGAUUAAUACCUUUGCUAGACAAAACCCAACGAGGAUGCAAUUUCUUGAUAUCCUGGAGGAUAAAGAAACAGAUGCUUGACGAUGAGCUCCAUGAGAAAUUCUUAAUGCUGAUAAACAACCUACAUUUUCUUUGAGAGUUAUCUUGUUUUCAGCCGUUAUUGAGAGGACGAAGACCACGUUUAAACAUUGAUUUUCUUAAACAUUUCAUCUUUGCUGUGGUUGGAAGAAGACGAUCUUUCAACAUUGCUUUUAUAAUUGUUGUCAUCUUUGCUGCCGUUAGAAGAAGACCAUCUUUGAACAUUGCUUUUA